GGGGGGGGUGGCCUCUACCCUAGGCCUUUCAGUUUGCGCACGAGGGCAGGCCUGCCGUGAGGAGGGUGGGAGCUCCCGCAGCCGCUGACGAUGGAGGAACUAGAGCAAGGCCUGUUGAUGCAGCCAUGGGCGUGGCUACAACUUGCUGAGAACUCACUCUUGGCCAAGGCGUCUGUCACCAAGCAGGGCUAUGCCUUGCUGAUUUCAGAUCUUCAACAGGUGUGGCAUGAACAGGCGGAUACUUUUGUGGUCAGCCAGCGAGCCAAGGAGCUGAACAAGCGCCUAACUGCUCCCCCAUCAGCCUUUCUCCGUCAUCUGGAGGAAGUGCUUGUCCCGUUGUUUAAAGAUCCUCCUCACGUUAGCCAAGCUACCUUCUCCUGUGAUCGGGUAGCAGAGACUCUGAUUCUUCGGGUGCGGAGUGAGCUGUCUGGUCUCCCCUUCAAUUGGCAUUUCCACUGUACUCCAGCUAGUUCUUCACUGGUCUCCCAGCAUUUGAUCCGUCCUCUGAUGGGUGUGAGCCUGGCAUUGCAGUGUCACGGGAGGGAGCUGGCAACAUUGCUUCGGAUGAAGGACCUAGAGAUCCAGGGCUACCAGGAGAGUGGGGCUGUGCUGAGCCGAAGUCGGUUGAAGACAGAGCCAUUUGAAGAAAAUUCUUUCUUGGAACAGUUUAUGGUAGAGAAAUUGCCGGAGGCAUGCACUGUUGGUGAUGGAAAGCCAUUUGCCAUGCAUCUGCAGAGUCUGUAUGUGGCAGUCACCAGACAGCAGAUCCAAGCAGGGCAGAAGCACCAUGGCGCUGGAGAGACUCAGACACCGUGCAGCACCUCCCCUCAAAGAACUGAUGGCCAGCUUCCGAACCAGCCAGAACAGCUAGUCUCCUCCACUCCAGCCCUCUCCGAGCCCGAACAGGAGCCCGUGGGUGCUUCAGGCCCAACACAGAGACCUCAGCUGGCCAAGGCCAAGAGGAAAAAGCCAAGAGGACUCUUCAGUUAGCUUGCCAUGUCUCUGCCACCGAGAAGGGAGCAGAACAGCUUCCCAGCAUAAUCUGGAAAGGAGCUUGCAUGGCAGAGCAUCCCUCGGAUGGAGCUGCAGUUGGAGGCCUAAGUUUAUGUUGACGGGCCUCUUGAAUGGGACUUCUCACCGGUGGAAGCUUGUCUCUGGCUCCAACUCAGCUGGCAUUGGUAUUCCAUAUAGAUUGAAGCCAGCUCCUCAUUCAGUGGCAUUUUCUCUAGAACUCGUACCCUAUGGUGAACUUAGAUUAAAGCAAGUCUGCAAAGAGGCACGUGCCCAAGACACCUAUCUGCUUUUCGUAAGGGUCCCUCACCAGUCCUACAUGCCCCGUAGAAAACCGCUUCUCUCCUAACAGAAUAAAGGGCACCCACACUC